AUGAAAAUACUUACAGUAAUAUCAGUGAAUAAUUAUAUUCAUUCUACAGAUAAUAAUUUUACUUGGAAUCAAUAUAAUAGAACCUAUCAAGAAGAAUUUAACAAUAUUCCACCUAUAGGCUUUGUUUCGGGUUCAGAACUCAGCUCUUUUUUGAAUCUGGAACUAGAAAACCUUAAGGCUGCUUUAAUUCAAUCAGUUACUAGUGAACAUUUGAUAGGCCUAUUUUUGGAUCUGGAACUAGAAAACCUCAAAGCUGCUUUAAUUCAAUCAGUUAUACAUGAAAGCUCUUUAAUUCAGUUAGUCACUGAUGAAUGUUCUUUAAUUCAAUCGGUUCCUAGUGAAUGUUCUUUAAUUCAAUCAGUAGAAUCAGAAGAGUCUAAUAGAUUAGAAACUUUGGAUCAAGGUCCUAUAGUAGGGUCAGAAUUAGAACACCUUAAUUCUACAGAAUUUCCCUUAUUAACUGAACCAGUAGAAUUGACUGCUAGUUUAUGUUUUCCUUCUUGGUUAAUUGCUGAACAUUAUAUUAAAGAAUAUGAAUGA